AGAAGCAUUCGGAAUGAGUAUUUUGAUUGCAAAAUUGUCAUUUAAAUAGAUAAGAGACCGUGAAUCAGUGAAUUGUAUUAGUUGUGCUAUUGUAUACAGAUUAAUAAAAGGAAAAACAAAAUCCAAGUGGAGCUGUUAAAGAAAUUGCUAGCCAUGGCGGGCCCGUCCGACGGGGAUCCCGACGGAUGGGUCGAGUUCUGUGAGCGUCAGGCCAAAGCUGCCGCUCCGGAAUUCGCCAAGGCUGCGUAUUGGAAAUACGUUCAAAGUAGUACCACAGACCCCACCUCUCGCCCCAACGUGUCCCACAAAGAUCUUCUAAAGAAAUUUGUUGACAGUUUUUCUGAUCAGUUCGAGAUAGAAAUUGGUAAACUAAAAGCGCAACACAAGGUCCCAAACGGGACGCACACAGGACACGAUGAGAGCGAUUAUUCGGAGGACACCGAUUCGCCGAAGACACAGCAUAAGCCAUUUUUUAGAAGAUUAUCAUUUAAAGGACUGAGAAGAGGGAAGGGUCUGUUCCACAAGCAACAUUCGGACGAGGUUGAAUUAUCGUCUAAUUUGAAUAAACAGAGUAAGACUAAGCUAGCCAAAAUAGUUGUAGAAUGUAGGAAAGAAGGUUUGGUUAAUUAUUUAACUCCUGAGAGCCUGGAGCAGCCUUCAGGGCCGCAAAAGUGGGAGAAAUGCAGACUAGCUCUAGUAAAAACUGUAGGGGGUUAUAUGUUGGAAUUCUAUUCCCCACCGAAAGCUCAGAAGCCUAGGAGUGGAGUCUUUUGUUUCCUCAUAUCUGAGGCGAGAGAAACCACAGCAUUAGAAAUGCCGGACCAUGAGAAUACUUUUGUAUUGAAGGCCGAUAACAACAUGGAGUAUGUAAUAGAAGCAGCAGACGUAGACGACAUGAAAUCUUGGCUAGCCACAAUAAAGUACUGCAUGCGAUCAGCACCCACCACCCAACCUCCUCCUGACGCGCUACCAGGGCUACCUGAGCCGGCGCCCCCCGACCUGCCCCCAAGGAGAGAUCUACCUGCUAGCACUAGUAAUGCGGACUUAGCUACUGAUACUCCCGAAGAGGCUGAAUUAGGUUCAAUAGCAGAAGAGGCGUGUACAACGCGCGUCUCCCUAGCGGAAUGGCCGUGGUUCCACGGGACCCUGCGGGCGGCGGCGGCGGCCUGCGUGCUGGCCGGGGGCUCCAACGCGCACGGGUGCUACUUGGUGCGCCAGUCAGAGACUCGACAAGGGGAAUAUGUACUAACGUUUAAUUUUCAGGGCCGAGCGAAACACCUCCGCAUGACGCUCAGCGAGACGGGCCAGUGCCGCGUGCAGCACCUCUGGUUCCCGAACGUGCACGACAUGCUCGAGCACUUCCGAGCGCACCCGAUCCCGCUCGAGUCGGGCGGCGCCGCCGACGUCACGCUCACCGAGUACGUCGUCAGCGCCGUCGGCGACCACCGACAACUGGGCGUCACGCACGGGAGCGACGUGCGCAUGCGGCGCGCCGAGUUGGAAGCGCUGUUGGUCGCCAGUGGAGCGCCCCAUGAUCGCGCCGUCGACAACCAGUAUAGCUUCGUGUAACCCUGUUUCAUAUUCUACUAUCCCUUUCCAACCGAGCGAGGUUUGUUAACUUCAUUUCGAAUUUUUAUGACAUGUUCUUCCUCACGAUCGUAUCAGCUCGGGUGUGAAGAGCUACUAACUGGGCUACAAGAAGGUACAGUCCGUUUAAAUUCAGUGCUACUUCGAAAGUAUUUAAAUUUUAGUUUUGCCGCCAAAGAUGUGAAACGCUCGUUCGCACGAUUUAAAGCACGUAAAAGCGCUCGUGCGAAAGCUAUAAGCGUGGCGUUCAAAAUGGCGCCAUUGCAGCCAUAGUAUUUAAUUGAAAAUAUAAACAAUAGUUAUGUGCUUCGUUCGAAAAUAUAUUUUAACCGUUUUACAGCCUCAAAGUUGUCAACUGACACUGAAUAUGCCUCAGUGAGAGCCCCAUGAGAAUACUAUGAUGUUGUCACCGAUAUUUAUUUAUUUCACUAAGUUAUUGCUAUAAAAAUCGGUGAAAAAUUAUGAAAAAGGCGGUUAUGUUAGUCAAUAACUAAAUGGUGCACAAUUAUAGAACAAAAUAUGCUUUGAUGUGUCGAAAUAAAUAUACCUGUUUUUGUAUUUAGGUAUUGAUUUAGAAAAUAGCCGAAACUGAUAAUACUUACCUUACAUUAAAACUGUUUUGCAAGAUAUGUAGAUAAUUUAUAGGUAGGUAUGUAUUGGAAAGAAAAUAUACUAUAGUUAGUUUUUCAGAAUAAGGGCCAGUUGCAUCAACCAAAUUUGACAGAGAUCAUCGUCACGCAGGCAGCAGACGUCUAUGGAAUUUCCCAUACAAUAAAAUUUAACGAACGCUUUAACGGUGACAGAUGGUUUGAUGCAACCUGCCCUAAGUUUCAUACAAUCAGAAAUCAAAAGCCUCAAGGCUCAAGUAUAAGUACCUCUGUGAAUAUGUUGUCACUUUGGACCGAGUAAGUACAUUAUAUUUAAUCUUCCUAACGAUUAAUUUUAGUUAAUUUAUUAAUUCUGCUAUCCAGGGCUUUUAGUUAAUUAUAAAAGUAUGAUGAAAACUUAGAAAACAAUUUUCGUAUAGGUAAUUAUUAGUUGCAAUACAAUUCUAACGAUUAUGUUAAUUUUGUGCAAUAUUGUGUGUGUUAUUUAUUCAAUGUACUUAAUAGUAUAAUUGUCUUAUUAAACUUAUAUUAUUAUAUAAGUUUUAUCGAUAAGGCUUAGCCAAAAUAUAAUAAUUUUAUUGGUAUUGAUGUAUUUUGCUGUAUGUUAAUAAUUUAUACUUGCGUAUGUUUCCAAUGUAUGUUUAUUGUAUAGGUGUAAAACAUUAUAUGGGGUAAUGAGUAUCCGUUUAAUGUUUCAGUAUGUUACAAUAAAAGGUUUGUAAGCUUAGUAGCGACUGAAACUUCUCUUGUAAAAACGCCAUAGCGGUCAAAACAACGUGUUUUUACUUUCUCUGUACCAUAGGGUUACGCUAGUCAAGAAAAUAAAAUAUAGCAUUAACAUGCGGCCCUAGGAAAACCCUAAAUUUGUGAAAUACCUAUUGGAAAUGGAUAUUCUACGUCGAUAUUAUUGUAAUAACUAGUUUGCCGUAUUUUAUUAUUUAAUAACUUAAAUCACAUAAUCAUAAAAGAAAAUGGACUCAAAAGUAUACCUAAAAUAGUAUUAUAACAUUUAUAACUGCAUAGUCUCAAUAUUAUCGAAGAUAUUACUCUAUAGUCUGUAUCUUUAGGUAUUUAAUAAAUGUAAACAAAAUCUACCCUCACAAGGCUCCUUUUAAACCAAUUGAAGGUAAAUGAAUAUAUUACACGACCAAAUAUGUAGGUUAAGCUAGGAACAUACUACGCGGACGUCCGCGGUCGCGCGACGGCGACCGAUCAGUGUGCACGGUCUUCGGGACGUGGCUUCGGCUGACCAAAACAUCCAGCGAGCGAGAUUUC